AGGGAAAAUGAGGAAAGAGGAGAAGCAGAAUCUUUCUGCAUUGUAUGGAUUGCAUAUUGGUUCAAGGAGGGGCAUGCCGAGGGAGGGGCAUUGGAGAUUCCUGUGUUUGUGAGAACAGAAAAGCGCAGGGAGAGAGGGAGAAGCAUGUGUAAGGGUGUAAUGUGUGCUGGACUCUUUGAACCUGUGUGACAGCGUGUCUGUUGGAGGCUUCAGAGGCGAUCGUGGAGCUGCUGGAGAGGUGACUCGCCUCAGCGCCUCUUCUGGGUUGUCAGCGCCUGAUGCACUCAGAGGACACACAGGGUCCAAGAGACGGGGAGAAGGGCGUGAUGGCAGCAUGCAUCCCCACUAGUUCAUGCAUCUGCAGACGUCCUCCUGGACCUCCGCUGGCUUUUCCUCCUGAUCCCCUUCAGCCCUCCUCAGUGAGGCUGCCUGCCUGGCGUCCUGCUGCUGCGCUCUCUGCACGGAUGCUGCUGCAAGCUCACAUGUGAGACCAUGAUUUGGACUGGACUGCCUUCAGCUCUGGGCCGUGCUCUUUUUAGGGUGACAUUACUGAAUUUUUAAAGACUUAACCUUUACCUUUACAACCACUUUCUCUUUUUCAUUCUUGGUAACAUUUGAGGAAGGUUUCUUUUCUCUGAACAAAGAUUUUUGCUGCCAGGACGGAGUAAGCAACAUGUCAGAUGGGGAUACACCAUCUAACAACAAGGUCAGGUAAAUAACUAUAGCCAAAGGAAUGAGUCAUCAGACAAUAAAGGACAAUAUGAACGUUUCUUUGCAUCAAUAGCUCCAUGAAUAUGCAGUGAAAGAAACCAACUGGGUGUUUUUGUUUUUUUUUAACAAAAGAGCUGUUUGCUCUUUGCUGGCAUUCAAGGUUGUCAGGAGGAGCACAUUUCUUAUUUUUGAAUUCCAGGGAAAUAGAAGUCAGUAAGCAAAAAAAAUCUGCAAUUGAAACAAAAAAAAAAGCAAGAAUUUGGGGAAUGGAUAAAACCAACAGCUUACAUGCUGUUGAGUCUUCCAAGGGAAAACUUUACCUCCCUCAGUGUAAGUUUUUGACCACCUUUGUGCCAUUGGACUGUUUGACACUCCAACUGACUGACAAACUGUCAGCGGUUCAGUCUUUUCUGUGGGAUUUCAUUCAUCUGCUGCGUUUCCCAUAAAACUUGGCCACAUGAGUGACGGCGGCACCCUUCAACAACGCACCACCUACCUCAUUUCCCUCACCUUGGUGAAGGUAGAGGCUGUGGAAGAGAAUGGAGGGGAGGCCAGGAGUAGCACCCAAGGGAAGGAAGUGGAAACUGGGCAAGGAAGAUGGACGGUGGAAGAGAUGCAAGGAAAAGGGGAGGUUGAAGAAACGGCACAGAGUGAUCCAGCCACAGGACAAGGAGCUCAAGAUGUUGUGAUGAAAAGUAGCACAGAUGAACCCAAGAGUCAAGAAAGAAUACCCCUCUCUGGUGUUGAUGCCACGGCUAGGAGUUGUGAAAAGCCACCAUUCAACCUGUCAAUUCCCCUACCUGCUGAGAGAACCACACUUCAGAAGCCUACAAUCAUGGCUGAAAAGACAGUCCCAACGGUGACCACAACACCGCCAGCAGAGAUGCUUGAACCCAGUCGAACCCCAACUCGGACAAGCCUUCCAAUUCGCCCAGCAGGCCAACGGCCCGUCAGUCUGCUGAAGUCUCACAGCAGCGUGGCCACCCGCGGUCGUGAAUCCAGGGAUGGUCGGGAGCGUAGCCCUACCUCAGCCCAGAGCCUUGAUCGAAAGGACUGCCGCAUCACAAUGCGUUCGCCCGGCCCCUGCAGGGCCUCCUGGGCAGAGGCCAGUCGGCCUGAAGUCUGGAGAAAUCUUCAGGACAAAAGUCAAAUCGACUUGGAAACUGAAAGUGUAAUUGCGGCAAUGAUGAGAGACAUGCCCAGGAAGGACAGAUUGAAGACAGGCUCAAGCUCCCUACCUGCACCUGCUACACAGACCUCUAAACCAGCACGCAAAGGUAAGAGUCGCACGCUGGACAACAGUGACCUGAACAGCCUGUCUGAAGACCUUGGGCUGGUCAGAGACACCCAGCAGACCCAGCAGGGCCAACGAGGCUCCGCCAAAGACAGAAAGAUGCUCAAGUUCAUCAGCGGUAUUUUCACAAAGAGCAGUUCAGUGUCAGCAGGGCCGUCCUCCACAGCUCCCCCUGUUUACAUCCAAAGAGACUCCAGCGAGGAGGAAGUAAAUAUUGCCAACAGUCAGGAAUGGACGCUGAGCAGAUCCAUUCCAGAGCUGAGACUGGGUAUUCUGGGAAGUCUGAAAAGUGGCAAGUCAGCGCUGGUUAACAAAUACGUCACAGGCAUUUAUGCUGCAGUUGAGAAGCCUGAUGGUGGGAGGUACAAGAAGGAGGUGUCGGUGGACGGGCAGAGCCAUUUGUUACUGAUCCGGGAGGAAACUGGGCCACCUGAUGGACAGUUCAGCAGCUGGGUUGAUGCGGUGAUCCUGGUCUUCAGUCUGGAGAAUGAAGCCAGUUUCCAGGAGCUCUACCAGCUCUACAGCCAGCUCAGCGCUCACCGCUCAGACAUCCCAGUUAUCGUCGUGGGCACCCAAGACAAAAUAAGCAGCACCAACCCUCGGGUGAUUGAAGAUCAGCGAGCCCGGCAGCUCUGCAUUGACGUGCGCCACUCGCUGUUUUAUGAGACCUGCGCCACCUAUGGUUUCAACGUUGACAGAGUGUUUUCGGAGGCCGCUCAGAAGAUUGUUGCCCAGAAGAAGCAGGCGGCACUGCAGGCAUGCAAAUCUCUGCCCAAUUCACCCAGCCACUCAGGAGGCUCCACACCUGGAUCGGCGUCACUCCCCGGACAGGCCAGUAAUGGCCUCAGUGGUGGCUACGCCUGCUCCCUCCCCUCCACCCCCGUGGUGAGUCAUAGGGAGCUGCGGGUCACUCAGGUAGAUGGUGGAGGGAGUGUCAGCUCUCGUUCACUGAGGGGCAUCCCCAGAAGGCCCUCCCUCUUUAAGAAAGGGGACCCGGAUAGGAAAGCGGGUGAUGCCAAAGGGGACCAAAGCAGUGUGAGAGGUGUUCCUAUCAAGCAGGGCAUCCUCUGGAAGAGAAGUGGUAGCUCUCUGAAUAAAGAGUGGAAGAAGAAAUAUGUUGCCCUGUCCAACAACGGCACGCUGUCUUAUCACUCCAGCUCCAAUGACUAUACCCAGAAUACCCACGGAAAAGAAAUUGACUUGCUGCGUGUGACAGUGAAGGUUCCUGGGAAACGUCCUCCAAGAGCGGUUGCACCUGCAGGACCCUCACCUGUCCCUUCAGGCGCUGUACCUGGAGUUAACGGGCUGAGCAAGGAGCUGACAGCAGCUGACAGCAGUGGCACAGUUCCUCAGUUGUGUCCAGCCACUCUGUCUGUGGUCGAUGACCACUCUGGUGCUUUGUCUCCUCAAAGAGGCGAGAAAGGGCUUCAGCGCUGCCCCUCCUCACUGUCCACUAAAGCACAGAGCAUUGAUGGCCUAGAAGGAACAGCUGGUCCUUUUGCUGGAAAAGACCCCAACCAGGCAUCUCCAAUGAGUGACAGGAAGAAAAAUAGGCGGAAGAAGAGCAUGAAUCAGAAGGGAGAUGUGGCUGCAGGACAAGCGGAAGCGAAACGCAAAAUGUGGAAAUUAAAGAGCUUUGGUAGCUUGAGAAACAUUAAUAAGACAGAGGAGGAGAAUGCAGACUUUAUCAUAGUUUCAUUUACUGGACAACAAUGGCACUUUGAGGCUCAGAGCCAGGAGGACAGGGACUCGUGGGUGUCAGCUAUCGAGAGCCAGAUCCUGGCGAGCCUGCAGUCGUGUGAGAGCGGCAGAAACAAGGCACGGAGGAGCAGUCAAAGCGAGGCUGUGGCGCUUCAGGCCAUCCGAAACGCCAAGGGAAAUGGUCAAUGUGUGGACUGUGAGGCACCCAAUCCAACAUGGGCGAGUCUCAACCUGGGCGCCCUGAUCUGCAUCGAAUGCUCAGGGAUCCACCGGAACCUGGGAACUCAUCUGUCUCGUGUUCGCUCGCUGGACCUGGACGACUGGCCUGGAGAGCUCACACAGGUCCUGGCUGCCAUUGGAAACCACAUGGCCAACAGCGUGUGGGAGAGCUGCACGCAGGGCCGGAUCAAACCCACACCUAACGCCACACGAGAGGAAAGAGAGUCCUGGAUUCGAGCAAAGUACGAGCAGCGCGCUUUCGUGCCUCCUCUGCCGUUGCCCUCAGGGAACCUGGAGGACAGCAUGUCGGAGCUGCUGCUGACUGCAGUGACUGAGAGAGACCUGCUCAGGCUGCUGCUUCUCCUGGCCCACAGCACCAAGGAUCAGGUCAACACUCAGCCAGCUGGAUCGUCUUCGUUUCCUCGGACGGCUCUCCAUGCUGCUUGUCAGCUGGGAGAUGUAGUCAUGACCCAGCUCCUUGUCUGGUAUGGGAUCGAUGUGAAGGCAAAAGACAACCAAGGCCAGACACCCAUGAUGAUCGCCAGGAAAACAGGGAGCAAAGGCUGCAUCGAUAUUUUGCUCCAGCACGGAUGCUCGAACGAGGCCUCCCCCACCACCGCCACUCCCAUCCUGUCCCGCCGCUCCAGUACUGCCAGCCUGGGCCGAUCCAGCUCCAAGAAGCGCGUGUCGUAGCCGAAGACGACGAGGCAUGAGCAUCUGCAGAGGCUGGAGGACGGUUAUAGCUCAGAGACCUUUAGGAGUCUGGGCUCAAACAGAUGAGGGCUGUGGUGGAGAGCGAUCCCAGGACUGCUGCAUAUCAUAAUGAAAAUGUUGUUUGUGAUGACUGAACAACAUAUCAAACAUCAAAGCAAUAUCCAUGGAGUUGAUCACAAACAUGUCGCAGAAAUGCUGUAGUAGUUGACCUCAUUUCAAAGUGACUCGAGUUUAAGUGUAACGGUCUUCUGUAUUUUUUAGCGCACACACCCUGCUGCUUCUGUUUCACUUCCUCCUGAAGAAGUGCAAUAAUCAAGCUGCAGUGAUGAAGAGCAACAGGUUGAUUCAGCAUCUUUUGACUGCACGCUUACUGCUGUGAAAGAGGCUUUUGUUGUGACAGGACCAAAUGUUUUCCAUUUUACAGAUAAACCAUAAACCUACAAUAUAUCAACUUGUGUUCCAUACGAGCGCCUCAGCUUCGCUGGUGAAAAACCUUAUUCAGUCACGAAGCGGCUAAGAAAAGUUAACUGAAAGUUGAUGAAAAACAAAAUAGUUUGGAAUAGGAAAUGAGUUAAUGUUCUGAUCACAGGUCAAAGACGUCAGGAUUAAUAUUGCUGUAAAUGUACCGAUACUACAUAAGUAAAGUUUAAAUAUGUGAUGAAAAAAAACAACAACAAAAAACACAAUUUUGUAAAUGAUUUCUUACUGGUAGCUUUGAAAAAACGUUUGUUUUCAUCGUAUUUUAUAAUUUGUUGGUUCCUUACAUAUCAUAAAUCAGUGAGCAGAUGGUCUGACAUGUGUAACCUCAUGCUAGAAGUUUUUUUUUUUCUGAUGCUGGGAGUCUACACGACAGUGUCAUUUACAGUUGUAUUACUGUUGUAUGGGUCAUGAUUUACAUGUGAAGUGUGAAGCAGUUGUGGGUGUCAGUGUUUCUCCUGACACCAUCUGAAGCCUUCGUGAAAUAAAAGAAAUGGUCAUCAGAAUCAAAUUAAACUUUUUUCUUAGCAUUAA